AUGUACAGCAUGAUGGAACACGAGCUGAAGCCGACCGGCCAGCCCCCCUCUCACCAGACCUCACAGGGGAUGUCACCGGUCACCAUGACCGGGAACAUGGGCGGCAAUGGCAACUCUCACCCGUGCACCAAGACUGCGUGUGCACCUGGAAGCGACCCCAUGGAUAAAGUCAAACGGCCCAUGAACGCGUUCAUGGUCUGGUCCCGGGGUCAAAGGCGCAAGAUGGCUCAAGAAAACCCGAAAAUGCACAACUCUGAAAUUAGUAAGCGACUGGGAGCUGAGUGGAAACUCCUGACCGACGCAGAGAAGCGGCCCUUUAUCGACGAGGCCAAAAGGCUCCGGGCAGUCCACAUGAAGGAGUACCCCGACUACAAGUACAAGCCACGUCGCAAGACGAAGCCCCUGUUGAAGAAGGACACUCAGGUGGGAAAGUACCCACUGUCGGCCGGAAACUUGCUGGCAGCGGCCCAAGGCCAAGGUGGUAGUCCGAGGAUGGAGAGCUACGGCUGGGGUCCAACCGGGGGGUACGCGGGCAUGCAGGGCGAGGCGCUCGGCUACACACAGCAGCUACACAGGUACGACCUGUCAGCUCUCCAGUACCCGCCGGCCAUGACAGCGGCUCAGUCUUACAUGAACGGAGCCAACUCAUACAGCCCUAUGUCAUACGGCAGCAGUCCUCAGCAACCAAGCCCUGUCACCAUGUCCAUGGUGAAAGCAGAACCAGUGUCUCACUCGCCUCCAACUGGGGCACCAAACCACCACAGAGGGCCUUUGCAGGGAGACCUCAGGGACAUGAUCAGCAUGUACAUUCCGGGACCAGGAGGGGAUGCCGGUGACCCCACAACAACACAGAGGGGCUACACCAGUGUCCAGCAGCACUACCUCAAUGGAACUGUCCCGCUCACACACAUCUAG